AGAUCUGGCACUCAGCUCCAGACGCCUCUAGCGUGACCGCCGAGUGCCUGAGGAUGGCUUUGGAGGUGAAGUUCCUGUGGGCCCUGCUCCUGACAGGAGCAGGCGCCACGAACGCUUGCAUCAAGGAGAAGUCUUCCUACUAUGACGAUUCUGUCCCACCAUCCGCGGUUGGCUACAUGGACACCGCCGCGGAAUGUCAAGCGGCCUGCGCGGUGAACGCCGGCUGUGAUGCCUGGACCUUCCUGAAGGAUGCAAGCACCUGCUGGCAGCUGCCAUAUAGCCCCGAGAUGGUGUUGGUGGGCAAUGACAAGGGCACCAGCGGCGACAAGCACUGCGAGCCUGUGGGGACAACCGGGCUGAAGAAAACCUGGACCACCCCGUUGCCCAACAUGAAGGUGCCGGAGCCGGUGACUGGAAGGUUGGGCUUGCGCCCCAAUUGCUCCAGCUCAGGCGCGGCCUUCCACGACCCCGCGGUGAAGAUGGCCACCUCCAGCCUGGCCAGCGCCGUGGACUGCCAGGCAAGUUGCGCCGCUCUGCCGAGCUGCCACUACUGGACCUACUACAACAACAGCAGGGCCUGCUGGCUGCAGGGUUUCAACGUCACCACCUUCGAGGAGAAGGACGCGGUGAGCGGCCCCAAGGCCUGCCAGAAGAUCUUGAAGGCCUCCAGGUACGAGGCGGGUCAGAACAUCACCAACAACGGCCAGGCGGUGAUGAUGCGGUCCAUCCCUCGGCCAGCCUGCUCCUUCCGCGGCAAGGCCUACGUCGACACGAAGGAGAAGGUGCCGAACCUCUACCUGGCGGAUGCCACCGCCUGCCAGGCGGCCUGCGGAGGCCUCAGCAGCUGCAACGGCUUCACCUACUACAUCGACACCAAGGCCUGCUGGCUGGUGGACGAGACCGCCACUGCCUACGAGAGCGCCAUGGCGGUGAGCGGGCCCAAGGCCUGCGCCGUGCCGGUGAUUCUGGCGAACACGAGCAAGGUUCAGGCUGUGCCCGUCACUCUUCCUGCCAAGCUCGACACGGACCAGGUUGUUCAGGCCGUGCCAGUCACCCUUCCCGCGGAGCUCGACACGAGCAAGGUUCAGGCUGUGCCCGUCACUCUUCCUGCCAAGCUCGACACGGACCAGGUUGUUCAGGCCGUGCCAGUCACCCUUCCCGCGGAGCUCGACACGAGCAAGGCCGUGGCAUUGGAGGAGAAGACCGAGAUGAUCCAGUGGCAGAGGCCGGCAGAUUUCACCCCGCUUCUCCUCGUUGCGGCCGCCUUCCUGGCCCUCGCUGUGGCCUAUGUGGGCCGUGCCUGGCAGGUUCGCUCCCGUGCGCACAGGCCUAUCGCGUCCGUGGAUCCCGAACUCACGGACGACUUGGACGAGGAGCUGCUGACCGCCUGAGUGCUUGGCGCAGAUGUGCCAUGCACAGCCCUCCCAUAGAAAUUGAAUUUGGGGAGGGGGGCACGGUGCAUGCCUUGAAGAUUGCAGGUAAAACAAUACCCAACAUGAUACAUCACGGUGAAUAUUGGCUGGUUUCCUUGCCCUCUUACUUGCAGUAUUUAGGGCAUCCACCGUCCCCCCCCCUUCCCCGGCCCGAAUUUCCCUCUCGGGGAAGAUUUGCGCAGAGGUUGGAUCUAGCCUUGCUUGUUUUUUUUCUGUAGGUGGCCAGUGCCCAGUCACUCACUCACUAUGCUUGGGUCGUUGUUUUCCGUGUGCUAAAUCGAUGGGCACUGCGAGCCGGUGACGAAAGAAGGGCUUGUCGGCGUGAAAGCGCUAUCCCUCUUUAGAGUGACAUCCACUGCAAAGACAGGGUGAUCACGCGU